UUCGUACGUUGCAUACAUACGGGGUAAGGUUGUGCAUAUUUUCGCGUAAAAGGGCAGACACUUCAUGUUCUGUCGGAUUGCUGGCUUCGGCAGCAAGCAGCAGAAGUUGGUAACAUCAGGAAGAGGGUGGGGUGGCAUUUGCCAACGCAGAAAAAAAGCUCCGCAGAUUUUCUUUAUCUCAAACAGCAGUUUCAUCCAGAUUUCGUUUGCUUAUCGGCAGUGCAGUGAAUUGUGCUAAAUAUCACAUUUUGGGUAAAAUCCGUUACAAGCCACGGCCCAGAAGGGCAGCAGAGUGCGAAUGUUUGUAUACAUCAGCAAUUGUGUGGUGCAGCAGAGAAAAAAAAAUGGGAAAAUGUGUGUGAUAGUACCUCAGCCAGUCUAGUGUUCCAGCCCAAAGAAAAUCAGCUAUUGGAAAGGGUUAAGCCGAGAAGAUAGUGCAAGGUGAAGAAACAAGAAAAUAGAGAGUUUUAAUUGGGAAGUAUUGGAAUUUAAUCAAAAGGGGUGUGUGUGGGGCAGUGGAAGCAGACAAGAGAAGUGUUAAGAAUGCAGCAAAUGUGAAUAAACCGGAGAGCUAAAUUCGGAAAGGCUAUCGCCUCUCAAUGGCGGAGAAGAUAAGAUGCUGAAGCUGUGAAUGUCGAAUCAAGCAAUAUUGGUCGCAAGAGGGAAUAAAAUAGGGUUUAAAUAAAAAUGAUGUGAAGUGCGGUAUAAAAGAGGCAAUUUUGUAUGCGUGUGAUGCCCGCAGUGUUUCGUGGGCAAAUGUAGUUGAAGAGAGUGAAGUGAAGAUGUAGAAGGUGCUUCAUUCAUCAGCAAAUACAACAGCAGCCCAGUGUGGACGCUGGCAGGCCGAGACUUGCGGGAAGAGCACGGUGCCGUUGCUGAAGGCGAAUUCGAUAAAAUAUACACGUGAAGUGUGGAAGAAAGAGCCAGAGCCAGCGAAUCGUAUAAUGAGGAAUGAAACAUCACUGUAGUCGGCGAUGGACCUGUAAGCAUGUAAAAAGCAGCGACGGCAAGAUCAGCAGUUAAUCGGCGGAAGUACCACUCAUACAAAUCGGCAUCAGUAUUUACAACUGCAUCACCACAAAGCGACAACAAAGGAAACAGUUCCAACCGAUAGGAUACGACGGAAGAAAAAUUAUGGGAAAUAUAUUAUUGUGCACUCGGUUGACGGUAGUUGGUUACAGUGAAAAACGAUGAAGCCCAACUCGAUAAGCUCAUCGAUAGCCGAUGGAUAUAAUUAGUUUGGGGGAAAAUUCGAGCCCAUCCGCGUGAGUGCACUAGAGGGAGCAGAAGUUCAGUGAUUGUAUGUGAGUGUGUCUGGGUGGGAUUAUCAUGCCGUAUGUGUGCUCAAUACUUUGUUUUCAAUAGUGUUCAUCAAAGUCUAAAAAGUGAAAUUUCAUGGCGAAACUGGCUGUUUGUUAAGCUAAUCAGUUUUAUGGGAGAAUUUACGAGCUGAUAUUCUAAACGCAAUCUCCUUGAUUAGUAGUAGCUAUAAUAGUGUUGUAGUAGUGAAAUCCAAUAAUGCUCUAGUGCCAAAUCUAUCUCUAUUUUCGACGCAUAUGUAGUUUAGUGGGGGAGAAUCACGUGUACAUGUUUUGUAACCACACUUUUUGGAAGGUUUUCUAUGUUGGGAGUAGUCGAAGCCGCCGAGAAACGUGGCAACCUUAACGUUGUAUUUACUAUCGAUGUACAUACCACAUCAAUAGCCUGUCAGCGGGAAGUACUUGUGUACAACAAGAGAUAAAAAAACCCCGUCAACCGGAGUUGAUAAAAAGUGAGGCUGCAGUGAAUAAAAAUGAAAUGAAUUUACAUAAAUGCAAUUAAGGUGCAGAGAGGUGUGCUUUUCCGCUGGCUGGUUGAUGAAUGUCUAGCUUAUUCUAGCUGGCAGACCCAGACAGUGUGCAACCGGAAAAGCUUCCGCACCCGCCGUCAUCUAACCGACGACGCUCACUUCCAGUUAUAUCUCCGGUACCACCAGCACCCGAUCGUGUGUGUGGGCCCAUCGCAACACCCCCUUAUCUGCGCACAUACCUACGAGCAGCACAUGUGACAUAGCCCCAUAGUGAGGACAAGGAAAAAUGUCUCUCAACGGACGGGAUCUAAUGAAGCAACCGCCGCCUGAGUACAACCAGAGCGUACUGACGAUGCAGAAAUCGGUGACAAUCACGGUGACGCCACAGCGGAGCAAUUCGAUGGAUUUGCUCAACUUUGAGGAAAAGCGGCAACUGAUUGCAUCCUCGCUGUCACUAUCGGACAUACUGCACGUCAGUCCGGCGGCGGCCCAUGUGGCCAAAGAGGUCGCGGCCAGUACGGUAAUCGCUACAAAGAAGCAGAAUGGUGCUACCCUACGUUCCAACAGUCUUAACUCGGGCUCCCGAACACCUCCGCUGGAGCGGAAAAGCAAGUUCAGCGCGUUCGGACGCUUGUUCAAACCAUGGAAGUGGCGAAGAAAAAAGAAAAGCGAAAAGUUUGAGUCCACCUCCAAGUCGCUAGAACGUAAAAUAUCAGUACGUGCCAACCGCGAAGAACUUGUACAAAAAGGUAUCCUGCUGCCCGAGAGUCCAACGUCGGCUCUGUCCAUAGCUGCCAUUUGUAUUACUCCCACGGACUCGGUGACGUGGUCAACAUCAUCUCAUAGACAACUACAAACCUUCCAUCAGCCGAACCAUUACCGAAGCCAAAACGAAGAACAAUAUACCAUCUACAACUCAGUGAACGGACCCAACUCAUCCGUCCUGCCACAUCUUGCGAACGCAUCGGCAUCAUCAGCAGCACCAAAUAGUAGCAUUACCAACAAUGUGCCUUUAUCGCAAUCGGCUCAACAGAUUAGCAGUAACAGUGCGCUCAACAAUAGUAACAGCAACCACAUCCACAACAGUAGUAGUAACAGUAGUAACAGUAACAACGGAUCGCUAAGCCUAGCGGCGAUUCUGUCCGGUGCCGUCAAUGCCGUGGGGUCCCACGGGAGCGGCGGAAGCGGGAUCGUUGGAAAUAAUUCGGUUGUCGGUGCCAAUAUGAUUAGUGGCGGUACGGCGGGUCAAGCGCUGGCUAGUAUACUGACUGGGAACAGUAGUAUAGGUGGUGGUCCUGGUAGUGGACUACCACACUCGCAGUCGGCACACCAGAUUGGUACGGUUCCAUCACAGCAGCAUGCUUCUAUGAACCAGCAUCAGGCGCUUCAGCAGCAGCUGCAGCAGCACUUUGCCAACGUUGCCAACAGCGGAAGCAGUAGUUUAGAGCCAAGGAAAGAAAAGACUGACGUCCAAAGUAGUGCAAAUGGCUCAUGCAUUGAGCACUCCUGUUCCGGUGGGGGUUCGCAGCAUCAGCCGACCGCAGGCGGUCAUGGUCUAGCUUCGAUCGAGGGAGGAGUUCAGCUCCAGCCCCCACAGACACAGUCCAAACCGGAACGUCCCAACACACUCGGGCCUACCAAGCUGACCCGAAGGAUCAUCUGCUAUCAUAACAAUGAGGGGUUUCAAGAUAAUCAACGGAAAACGCCGCCGCCAGCCAACGAGAAUCAAUCAAACCAACAGCAGUUGCAACAAUCGGGACACCAAUCGUUGCAGCACCAGCACCAACAGCAUCAACAUUCUGCCCUGGCAGCAGCUGCUGCCGCGGCCGCUGUCGCCCAGCAACAGCAGCAGCAACAACAGCAGCAGCAGCAGCAAUCCCAACUCCCGACACAAGCGGCGUUGUCGGCCGCCGCGGCAGCCGUUGCCCAACAACAUCACCAGCACCAACAGGCGCUUCAACAGCAACUACAGCAGCAUGUACAGCAUGGCGGCCACCUGCACCAUCAUCACCUAUCCAAUCCCAUCAUGCUGUCGGAGCUGCCGGAACCUCCGAUACCGGUGUCGGAGAUCGGGCCCAUCCCUCCGCCGCCAAUGUUUUCAACACCAAGUCCGACCAUGAUUGGCGGACGACCGCAUGGCCCUAACGUGCAUUCCACUACUACUUGUAGCAAUAAUAGUAUUAGCGCGAGUAACAUUAUACCGUUAGAUAUGAACGAUUACGAUUACGAUGAUCAUGAUACCAAUGAUCAGGAGGAACUGGACUCGGACGAGGAGUACAUGUACACGAUGUCGCAACCAAACCCCGCCAUCGACACGAACCGCAUCGACGAGAUCCCCGCGAAGGAGCCCAAAUUCAACGCAGUGCCAUUGAAAUCAGCUUUAAAGAAGAAGGGUUCGAACCCGGGAACGCCGACCCAAGACAAUCGGACGCUCACGGUGCGCUACGACAACAAUCCAACCGCAACGAUCAAGCCAGUUUUACGACCACGGAUUAGAAUAUGCUCGCGACCGAUGCGCUUCCAGAUUGGCCUACCUAGUACGAUGGAGAACAAGGAGAACACGCGACCAUUUGUGAUCCGCGAAGGCGACAACGACGAUCAGAACGACGGUCCAAUCCGCUACCGGGAUGAAGAUCCGGACCGAGUGGCGAAGAUUGCUCGCAAGGAAAGUCUCUCGAUUAAGCUUGCGCUGCGACCUGACCGGCAGGAGCUGAUCAACCGAAAUAUUCUGCAGUUACAGUCGGACAACGAAAAGCAGGAGUCAAAGGAAGCUAUCGGAGCCCGGCUAAUCCGACGGCUUUCUAUGCGGCCUACCGCGGAAGAGCUGGUAGAGAGGAAUAUUUUGAAAACACAAAGUCCUGCGGAAGAGAAAAAGCAAAAGGAGGAGAAGAAGCGUUACCUGCUGCGGAAACUUAGCUUCCGGCCCACCGUAGACGAGUUGAAGGAGAAAAAGAUCAUCCGUUUCAACGAUUACAUCGAAGUGACACAGGCGCACGACUACGACCGACGUGCGGAUAAACCGUGGACACGGCUCACCCCCAAGGACAAAGCGGCCAUUCGCAAGGAGCUGAACGAAUUCAAAAGUUCCGAGAUGGCCGUGCACGAAGGCAGUCGACAUCUUACCAGGUUUCAUAGGCCAUGACAGCUGCAAUGUAGGAUCAAGCAGAGACAUUUUGCCGUUCAUUACUUUACAUUUCUCAUUAAGAAUUACUACAACAAACAUUUGAUUGUGUACAUAUAAAGAAAACCGAGACAGGAGCAUUGGUAGCAACAGCAGCAGAAUCCACUGGAUCCGCGGCAUAACCAUUACCCACAUAUACACAUAUAGCCCAGCAUCCAAGAACACUCACAUUCAUCGGUGUAACAUUGGAGCGGAGAAUGUACUCCACACUUCUUGCAGUUUCCGCAUUCCCUACCGGGACCCACAAGUGUAGCUGUUUUUUUCUGGGUCUACUUUUGAACCAUCUGACAUCCGCAGCAGAUACCUAUAGGACUACUGGACACUUGGACAGAACUACCUUGCCCAACCGAUUUGCACACCGACGAUUUUUGGACUUUCGGACCUGGACGGAUACCUAGUUCCGUGCGGUAUCAACCCCCUAUCCGCAACACGAUUGAUAUUUUACUCACAAACCGUAUGGCAGGAGUAACCGUAACGAGGGCAGUUAAUUGGACUUAAGCGAAACUCACACCGCAGCAUAUAACAAUAUACAGCAAGUUUGUUUGCAGCAAACCAAGGUCAAGAAACUGAAUUAUUGAAACAGUAACAGAAAACAGUAAGCAAAUCAGAAAUUAAAGGAAACCUUAAAAUUAUAAUAAAAUAAAGAAUAAUAAUACUGUGAUAAUGUUGACGUUAUUAGAAUGUUACCGAGCGAUACAAAAAAAAAAUAACAAAUGGAAAAGCGAGUCGCUGAAAACUAGUGAUUAGUUGCUGAAGUAUAAUCAGAACUUAGAACACUAACGAUAUCGAAGUGCUUGCCGUGGCCGAUAGGCUGGUGAAGGCUGGUUGGCUGGAUGGUUGAAAGGAACUGAAUCGAACGGGUACGUACAUAAUGGGGGAAAAAAUAAUAACAAUUAUGAGCACACAUUUGUUGAGCUAAGGUGAUCAUAUGAAUCUGGCAUGCUUAGGCGAUGCCCAAAAAUAUUUACACGGAGCACAGUGCAAGCGGAUACGGACUGAACACACAACUGAACAUCAAUGCAGGAUCUUCAUGAAAUUUCUAGAGCACUUUGACAUUUUUAUUAGAGUUUGAAAGCGAAACAAACAAGUAUGCUCAAUGCAUACUCUAUUGCGUUAAAGGACAUGUUUUGGUUGUUUGCUUGACUGUCGCUCUACGUAUAAUUGUCCCAUUUGUGUAUAAUAGGGAAUCCCAGUUAUGCGUAUAGCUGAAGUUCAUUACUCGUUUGUUCGGUGUAGCGCAGUUUUACAAUUAUUUUCAGUUCAAAUCCAAACUUCAAUUGAGUAGUCAAUUUUCUAUCCAUGUUGGAUCUGAGUUGGUUCAUCGAGCAAACAUACCCUGAAAAUAGAUAACCAAAUAUUUCCAAUGAACUGCUUGCACUCUAUUCUGCAUGAUAGUUCAGUCAACUUUGAGUGCUGGUUGCGAUACAUUCAACGGAAAAUUCACUCCAUAUUUCCGUGAAUGUAGGAGUCGCUUCUGAAGACAUUCUUUUUUAUAGAUUUGACGUACACCCAUUUUGUCGCAGAUACAUUUUGCAUUCCAAAUUAGAUUUUUUGGGAGAUUUUGACAUAGUGUUUUGGAACAUUAUAAGCAACGUAAUAUUGCUGUCCAGACGAUUUACGAAUGUUUUCUUUAGUGUGUCAUGGUCUAAAACAACGCAAGGUGAUUUGGGUAGUAAUUCGGUGUAUAAUUUUCGUACGCACGUAUUGGCAACGGUAUCUUGUUUGUCGUUCGGGGUUUUGCACUUUUUGCAAGUGUAACGAUGGUUAGGCCCUAUCAGCAUACAAAGGUUAAAGGUCCAUUGGUCUAUUAUUAGAAAUUGUUCUAAUUGUUUCAAUAUCUUUUGUUGAUCAAAGGCAGCAAAUUCUUCACACGUAGCAAUCAAACGUUCAGGGUGACUUUCAUAAUAUUUUAAGAUAUUCAUCUUAAAUAAUAGGCAGUAUAGACUGAAUCAAAGCGCGACAUAUACUAGUAUCGUGCUUCAUGUAUUUUAACACAUUUCUUUGCUUCAUGAUUUUUCAACUGAAUUAUUUACAACUACCGCAAGUUUGCAGCCGAAUUGAGACUACCGAAAAUAUAGCUGCUCACUUCAUUACAUCAAUUUUAUGCUCAUUGAAUCAUUGUUUCACUGUUCGAGUUUAGAUUCAUUAAGACUGCAAAACCCACACCCGAGUCAAACUUCAAAAUGACAUCAUCAUGAUUUAAAAAGGGAAAAUGUACUUUU